AUUAAAUCUGGCUCAUUGCUCUAUAUUGACCCAAUUAGGAUGUAACAGGCUUUUUAUGGACAAAAUUGCGGAAACAUACCGACUUGAUUAAACAUUUAUACUUAUUACAUUCGGAAACAAUUUGUACUGAAUACUCCAAAGAAUUCCCGAGAUUCAAGAAAAUCCAAUUUUCAAGGAUACAUUAAUCUGCUUAUAAACAUUGUGUAAAUAUUCGUACAGAAAGGAUGACAACAAAUACAGGAACUGCUGUGCCUACCACUCUUCAGUGGCCAGAGACAGCAUUUGUACGUGGACACAGAAGAACUGGAAGUGACGUACAGUUUAUAGAAAGAACUCGACAAGAUGCUCAGCAGUCCAUGAACAAGGAGCUUCAAAAAUUAAUUUUGACUGCUCCUACUUCACAGCAAGAUUUAGCUAGAACUGAAUUAGAUGGAUUUGAACAGUUAUUUGGCCGAUACCUACAGGAAACUGGACCAUCAGUAUUAUGGGAUAAAAUUAAACUGUUACCAGAAGGAGGUGCAAAACCAUAUAAUGAUCUAGCAAGGCCUGAAACAGCCAAAAUCAAGGACUUAUUAGACAAGUUAGUAGUCCUCAAAUUAAAUGGAGGUCUUGGGACUAGCAUGGGAUGUAAAGGACCAAAGAGUACAAUCAGUGUCAGAAAUGAGUUGACCUUCUUAGAUCUCACAGUACAACAAAUAGAGCAUUUAAACAGAACGCAUGGAACCGACGUUCCCCUUGUAUUGAUGAAUUCCUUCAACACUGAUGAGGAUACACUGAAGGUUUUACAAAGAUAUGGAAAACUUCAGCUCCAGAUACAUACAUUUAACCAAAGCAGAUAUCCUAGAAUUAACAGAGAGUCACUACUACCUAUUGGUAACAGUUUUACAUCUGAUAAUACUGAGAGCUGGUACCCACCUGGUCAUGGAGAUGUUUAUCAAAGUCUAGUCAACUCUGGUUUAUUGAAACAAUUUCUGGAAAGUGGAAAGAAAUAUGUAUUUAUAUCAAAUAUUGAUAAUCUUGGUGCCACAGUAGAUUUGAACAUUCUAAACUUUUUAAUGGAACAAGAGCAACCACCAGAAUUUGUAAUGGAGGUUACAGAUAAAACUAGGGCUGAUGUUAAGGGUGGUACCCUUGUGGAAUAUGAGGGUAAAUUACGGUUGUUAGAAAUUGCUCAAGUUCCAAAAGAGCAUGUUGAUGAAUUUAAAAGUGUAUCAAAGUUUAAAAUUUUCAAUACCAAUAAUUUAUGGAUCAGUUUAGAUGCAAUCAAAAGAGUAACAGAUGAUAAGUCACUACAUAUGGAGAUAAUUGUCAACCCAAAGACAUUAGACAAUGGUGUAAAUGUUAUACAAUUAGAGACUGCUGUUGGAGCUGCUAUCAAAAGUUUUGAGGGUGCUAUGGGAAUUAAUGUUCCACGUAGACGAUUCUUGCCAGUGAAGACUACAUCAGAUUUACUAAUUGUGAUGUCUAACUUAUAUAGUCUACAUACUGGAGCAUUGCAGAUGAAUCCAAAGAGAUCAUUCCCACAGGGACCUCUAGUCAAACUAGGAUCACAUUUCUCAAAGGUGAAAGAUUACCUAUCAAGAUUUUCGAGCAUACCUGAUAUGUUAGAAUUAGACCAUUUGACUGUAUCUGGAGAUGUGACAUUUGGCAAAAAUGUAUCUUUAAAGGGAACGGUGAUUAUUAUUGCUAAUCAUGGAGACAGAAUAGACAUCCCAGCUGGUGCUUUACUAGAAAAUAAAAUAGUGUCAGGAAAUCUGAGAAUUCUCGACCAUUAAACAGCAGCUUCAAGAAGAAUACUUAAUGUUGGGCAUCAUUCUACAAUGUAGAAACUUUGUGUUUUACGAUUUUGUUAUAGUGGGAAUAUUAGAAUAAUUUGGUUGUGUAAGCAGCAUUUGUGUACAGUAUUCUGACCUCACCAUCCACUGCAGACAAGUCUGAGCUAUUGCCAUUGCUUUGUGUCUUUUGUCUGUCAGUGGUCUAAAUUUUUUUUAUUUUUAUCAUUUCUACAACUAACCCAAACAACUUAAUAAUUACUUUUUGAUGGUGACAUUGGUUCCCACAUAAACCAGAGGGAAACCACUUUAAAGGCUUUUUUAAUCAAUAUUAUUGCAGUCAUCCUAGUUACUAAGUAAAUAAAUUACACAGGGAAAUUCUGAAAAAAAAACAACUUUAAAAAGUACCAACUUAUAAUGAUUUAAAGAGGACGGUCUUUUUAAGUUGGAGAGUGGCUAUUUGUCAAAGAUGUAAGGUGAACAUACAGGCCCAGCGAGGCUUCUAUUAUUAUGAUUUGACAAGGCUUUGUUAAGCUACCUACAGCAUAAGUGUCUGUUAUUGUACGUACAAAUGAAGGAGUAAACUGGUUUACGUCUGUUGUUCUUCUAUUGGUCCCAUCAAUUUUUUGUUGCAUUUGUCUCAGGAACUACAGGUAUCAUUAGUAAGCAAUAGCUCACAUUUCACAUGUUUUAUUUUCAGUCUGAUUUGAUGCUUUACUGCUUGCAUUUUCAGUUGGAUUCAGUUUUAAUGUUUUACUGUCAGGUGUGAUUCCCAUAAAAACUAUCUCCUUGAGUUUUACUUUGCUUCCUUUAUUUUGCACCUUUAAUUUUUUUAGUUCUUUUUAGAAAUAUAGUCAGAGAUUUAUACAACUCCUUAGAUAAAUGCGACUUUAAAGAACCCAAAGUUGACAAGAAGUGGCCAUCUGCCAUUUAUUUUUACAUUAAGUAUACAAAAGUUAUUGUUUUAUAAAAUGAAAGCGUGUUGUAGAUAUAUUGUGCUUGGAAUGAAAGAAGACUUACUUAACCAGUGCUUUUUAAUAGAAUGCAUGUUUUAUUUUAAAUGUCGUACAUUCACAAUAGUCAUGGUGACACACAUUUUGACUGACUGUUGCAAUUCAUUGAUGUAUUCCAUAGUGUAAGUGAAGAAAAAAGUUAUUAUUUAACACUAUUUUUUUGGGGUAAAGAUUGCAUGAAAUCCAGUCAAAACCCUAUUCACACUGGCUUAAUAGCUAUAUUUCCUUGGCCUUAUCACUUACUUUUGAGAGCACAAACAACAUAGUGCAGUGAGGUGAACAUUCUGUAGAUCGUAUCAAUAAUCAUGUCAAGCAAUUUAUUUAUGAUAAAUACUCAGUUAUUCAAAUUACAACAUGAUGUGUAUGUGUAUAAUCAUACUUUUCAUAACACUAUUUUAUUGAAAAUUACAUAAGCUGUGCAUGGUUUAUAAAUCUACAAUGAAGGUUUAACUACAAUUCUGAACAAAGGAAGAUAACUCCCAAUUCAAAAUAUUGCCUUCCAUAGCUUAAUAGAUGCAUGCUCAGUUUUAAUUUCACAUUGCAAAAUGAAAGCAAUCUUUACCCUUAGGGGCUCACAAGCACUUUGAUUAUUAUUGUAAGCGACAUAAAAAGGUACAAAGUACAUUUUAUAUAUUAUGCAAGAUAGUUACAUUUUAUAUUGUUUUUUGUUGUAUGGAAGGGCUGCAUUUUGACAACUUUGAUGUUUUUGUAUUUAAUACAGAAGACUUUCUGUUAUUUGUUGAUUUUUGUUAUAUGUUUUGAACAGUUAUUACUUUAUGUGAGUCAAAAGGUCAGGAAAAUGACAGGUAUUAUCCUUGGGUAUCUUUCUAAAUUAUUAGUGGAUUUAGUCUAUCUUUAGGUAUACUACAUUUGUUAUAUUUUAAUCUUUUUGUGGGGUUUAAUUUACUGAUUAAAUACUACUAAUAAUUGAUUACUGUAUUGUAUGCAGUUUUGAUUCUAACCUUAAUUGGUCAAACCCUUUACCAACUAAAGGAAGAUCAUUAAGAAAUUACAUAUUUUCCAUUAAGUUCAAAUCUGUUUAUCUUAACCACGAAUUGAAAACCCAACAAACCAAAUAUGUUUUCACAAUCCACAAAAAUGGAUACCAUGAAAACAAGUACUUUUACAGUAAACAAUUUUUAAAUUAUAUCUAAUUAUUGUUUACUUAAGAAUGAUUGGUUCUUUUUGAAAUUUUAUUGGGGUGUAAAAGUGUUGACUGAAACAAAUUUUGCAUCAAACAUGGAAGCGCUUUAUAUAAAAGAAAAAAUGUAUGAGCUUAGCCAACCCUUUAAAAUUACAAAAAAGAAGCAUUCAAUUCUUAAAAUUACAUUUCUAUGCUAUUAACAUGAAGUGAAAUUAAGUUUUGUCCUAUGCAAUGUUGUAAUAUUGUCAUGGAGAAAUUGUUGCAUUUUAUUGAAAAGUAUUAUAAUAUUAGAAUGUCUUUUGAUUGUCGUCUGCUUGUCAAAUAAUGGAGUCUUAUGAAACUUCAUGUUAUCUAAUUAUUUGUUUUAAAGUGUUUUAAUAUAUAUACAUUGUAUUCUUCCUAAAAAAAUAGAUUUAUUUAUUUAAUAAACUGGUGACCUUACACAGCUUACAACUAUUAUUGGAAAAAAAUGAAGUUGCAGAUAAAGGAUUUUCAAAAAGGGGUCCAUUGGCAGACUUAACCAGUUUUAUAGUUACCAGAUUACCUUACCAUUAAUUUGGACCAUAACCCUGAUCCUUCCUUUGCAACUGCUACUAAUAUUAACACUGAAAGGAGUUUAGUGUAGCCAUAUUCAUAAAAUGUAAAUUAAAUUUUUCUUACGUGUAUAGUUGCUUUUAAGGUGUAAAGGAUAUACCAUCCAAACAAUGUGAUAGAACAGGUCAGUAGAGUUUGUGGUGUAUUUGCAGUACAAUAGAUUUAACAUUCAGAUAGUCUAUUCAUUUCAUCAUUUGAAGUAGGAUUAGUAUGCAAAAACAAAUGGUUAAUGAACUUGAAACAUAUAAUUGUGUAAACCAGGAAUGUUUUGGCUUUUUUUUCAUAUGUUCAUGGUGACAGCCCAUUAACCAAAAUUAAAAUAUUUUACGGUAAAUGAAAUAUUUAUUACUAGAACUUAUUUUAAAUCAAAUCAAUAUUACAAGCAUUUUAAAGUACAAAUAUGAAAAAUGUUUUUAAAAAACAAGUAAAAUAUUAGAAGCAAGGCAAGAAAAUAACAUGGCAGGAAAAUUUUCCAAGAUACAAUAUCUAGAAAUAGAACAUGUAAAGACAUUAGAUAUAAUUUUUAUAUUAAAAGUGUAUCCCAACUAGUCGUUUAGGGGUAUGUUUAACAUUUGUUACAGGCUGUGAUAUCCAUUGGUUUGUUUUGUGUCAGCUUUACGAUAUAUAUCAAUAAAUGAUAACACUUUUUGA